AUGUGCAAGUACAUCUAUCACCACUUUCCGACUUGCGGACACAUCUCCAACUGGACUAUUAUUAGCUGUCUGGAUCUGACUCACCAAAUCCGUACACUUGGUCAAUGUCAGGGUCUGACUUGCGACCGGGUCGACGUCAAGCAUGACUUCAACCAAAGGGCCAGCGAGAGUUCCUGUGCGCAAUGUGACAUUGAAUGGUGUGAUGCUGUCAGCUACGACAAUAUGGAUGACUGGCUGUGCCAAAAUGGCAGCACCAUGGAGGGUAUUAAUGCAGACCAACCCCUGUUUGAGUAUUCCGUUCGUAUGAACCCUAAUGCGAGCAGUGAUCCAGCUGAGUCUUCCUCGUCCAAUUAUGAUACAGACGAGCUGUCUGAUAUGUCUGCAAAUUGCAGCUUCGCUGUGAGACCCAGUCGGUCUGACUCUCCAGGUAACUCCCUUGAAGACGAUGAGGACUUUGUAUCCUCCUCUCCGGUUUUCCGAGUUACAAGUUCAGCGUUCACUCUUUCUAUAACCGACAAAAGCACACAAUCGGAUUCAGAUAGCGGUGAUAUGGAGACUCCCGAAUCUUCCGAUUCACGCCGUCAUAGGCAUAUUCGCAUUCGCUACCGACGCCCGAUCUCUCAUCGGGUCCAGGACUUGGACUGCUCGGAGGAUUGUGCAUCGGUGAACACUGACAGUGAUCAAUCACCCAUUGCUUUCGCACCUAUGACAUCGCCCAAAGAUAGCACAGACAGCCUUUAUGCGUCCAGUAUGUUCAGCGAGACUGAUUUCUCCGGUACCUCUAGCAACGCUGGUAGCUCCGGUCCCCGAACAGCCCUGCGGAGUAUGUGUUAA